AUGAUGCUUCGAUUGCAGCUGGGUAUCCUGCUGCUAGCGCUGUUAGGCCCAUACGAAUGCGCAACUUAUGAUUUCUACGACUUUGCAAGUCCAAGACAGAGUUCCCCGGUCCUGACGAUUGCUGACUGUAAUAGCAGAGAACCCUGCAGGGAAUGCUUUGGCGACUGCAACUCUGAUGGCGACUGUGCUGAUGGUCUUCAGUGCUACCAGAGAUCUCGUAGAUCGGAAAACGACACCACUGCCAUCCCUGGCUGCUCUGGAAACCCAGGGAUACCCGGAAUUGACUACUGCAUACAACCCCAGGACAGGUUACCUCUCAGGGAAACCGACUGCAAUCCAGUCACAAAGUGCUUAAGAUGUUUUGGAGACUGUGAUAGCGACCUCGACUGUGCAGAAGGGUUGUCCUGUUUUGUUAGACCACCCAACGAUGCAUCCCCAGUUCCUGGUUGCUCAGGGCAGGGUAUUGACGGGCUGGACUAUUGUUAUCAGCCCAACUUAGCGUCGGCAACCAUGAUCCCCACGCAAAUAGCAACAGUUUCUGAGACAGUGGCUCAAACGGUUCCGCCAGCAACCGUGGCGCCCACAGAAGCACAGACCCAGGCUGCCACAGCGGCAGCAACGAUAGCAUCCACAGAAGCACAGACCCAGGCAGUCACAACAGCAUCCACAACAGCAUCCACAGUAGCACCCACUGAAGCACAAACACAGGCAUUCACAAUGGUAGAAACAGCAGCAUCCACAGAAACACAGACUCAGGCAGUCACAAUAGUAUCCACAGAAGCACAAACACAGGCAGCCACGGCAGCAGCGACAGUAGCGCCCACUGAAGCACAAACACAGUCUGUCACAGUAGCAGAAACCUUAGAAUCAACAGAUGCACAAACCCAGGCUGUCACAACAGCAGACACAGUGGCACCCACAGAAACACAAACACAGGCUGCCACAGCAGCGGAAACAGCAGCAUCUACAGAAGCACAAACCCAGGCUGUCACAGAAAUGGCUACUGUAUUGCCCACAGAGGCACAGACUGUGUCAGAAACAACCGGGAGCACGGUAGCGCCUACUGAAGCGGAGACGCAGCAAGUUACAAGUGCAGAGGCUGUCGACACAGCGGCGCCUACCGAGACAGAGACGCAGCUUGUUACCGCAGACGAAACUUCCCAAGAUUCAGAUGGCACUGUGAUGCCAACCAUUGUAGAAAGUGAGCCGCUUGGAGCGUUCACUCUACCUGCUCAAACAGCCGUCCCAACAGAGGAUGCAACGGAAGGAGGGACAGCUUCCGACACUGUUGUGCCGACAGUUGCGACGACAGCUGCGUCUCAGGGUGAAACGAUCAGGGUCAAUAUUGACAUCAUCUAUUUUAUCGACGUUGACGUUAUCUUUGUCGUUGAUAAUAACGGAGAGCCUGCAAAUAUGACUCCUGCACCCACUGGCAGCAGCGCAGAGGCAACAUCCAGCCAGGCCGGACCAGGAUUCUACGAUGACUUUGCUUGGGAAGAGUUACCACCAGAAGUACAAGCAGCUGCAAAGGUAUUAGGAUACGACCCAAAUACUUGGGACAAUGGACUGCCAAUCCCUGCGGUGGAACUGUUUUGGGCUCAACUUUCUCCUGAACAGCAAGAAGCUGCAGCCGUAUUGGGCUAUGAUCAAGAAUCGUGGGACAAUGCAGAGGCUGAGUCCACAACUGCACCCACCCUCACAAGCACAGAAGAAGCCACUGCCGCCGAAACCACUGCUGGUGCUACAGGUGUUCCCACAGCUGGAGUUCAAACAACAGCUCCUUCGGAUGUUCUAAUGGGUGGAGUUGAAACUAUCAUGAUGGCUGCCACAGAUGCUCCCACAGGUGGCUUCUAUGAUGACUUAUCCUGGGACGACCUACCACCAGAGGCCCGUGCAGCUGCCGAAGCCUUAGGAUAUGAUCAAAUGACCUGGGACAAUGGGAUUCCAAUCCCCGUGGAUGACUUGUUUUGGGCUGACCUUACUCCCGAACAGCAAGAAAAUGCAGCUGUAUUGGGCUAUGAUCAAGAAACAUGGGACAACUCAAAGAGGAAGAAAAGAAAGAGGGAGAAGCAGAACGACUCUAGGUCGGCCUGCAAGCGUCAACAACGGCGCCGGCGGGUACAAGAAGUCACAUCGCCAACUGAUGCAGAAGUGGACAACCUCAUUGAAAACACAUGCGAGUUCUACGUGGAGCUCUUCUUUGAUGUUUACCCAGAUAGUCUGGUCGAUACAAUGAUUCCUCUGACCGUUCCCCAUGGCCCAUUGGAUGAUCGUCAAUACCAGAUCAGUAUCACACUGGACAUUGCAUUCUUAUCUGUUCCGCCAUCAGAAGAUGUCGUUGAAACAAUUGAACAAGCUGACUACGAAGUCUAUGUGACGGACUACGUCCAUCCAUCUGGUCCAUACUUUGCACAGACUGACGGGGUUGCUGUAUCGCCCACUAUAGAAGGUGAAGCUGCGAAUGGCACGAUGAUACCCAACGAUGUUGAGCUAGGUUCUUUGCCCCCAAUGCCCCCAAAUGAUAGCAGCUUCCCUCCUGAAACCCCAAUCAUGUCUGCCGAAACUAGUGAUCCCGCAACAGAUCCACCACUCCUGGAUGUGGAGGGAUGCAACGACCCGUUCGUACCAUGCGCCAGAUGUAUGGGAGACUGUGAUACAGAUGACGACUGCGAAAAUGGGUUGUUGUGCUUCCUAAGGCCCGGAAUUGAUGGAUCUCCGGUGCCUGGGUGUUCUGGAAGUGGAAGCCCAGGAACAGACUAUUGCUUCCAGCCACUGGGAGACACGCUUAGACUUAGUGCUGUAUCGUGCUCCGCAGUUUCCCCUUGUGGAAUCUGUUUUGGCGACUGCGACACGGACAGCGACUGCUCCCCUGGCCUGGUUUGUCAGGAACGUGACGGUAUGGAAGAAAUGCCUGGUUGCCUGGGCAGCGGAAUUCCAGGAUUGGACUACUGCUUUGCACCGCCUGGUAGUAGCCGUCGCUUGCUGAGAAAACGGCCAAAGCACUGA